AUGAGUGGGCCCAGUACGGAGACCUGUGGGGUGCCCCAGACCCUCGGCCAUUCCAUCGGAGCCGCCCCAUUGAUCAUCACCGAGCUCCUUUCGAGGAUGGGAGUUAUGCACCUGCGCUGGGGAGAUAGAGCCGGCGCACACUCCACCGGUGACACCCUCGGGGAGAGCCACGGCGCGGGGAAUGAGACUACCAGGGGACGACUGGCCACCGGGGAGGCUGCAAAUGCCAUCGUGAAUGGUGUAAAGUACAGGUUCAGCGUCGUCCAUCCUUCUGCCCCCCACACCGCUGACCUCUGUCACUUCAGGGGGGCUCUUCUCAUGGACCGUGCGCCUCACAACAGCUGGAGCGAGACGUCCCUUCUCCGCCUCUGCCGCUCCACGCUUUAA